GUGGAACACUGCAGGAUUAUCCUCUACAUGAGCUCCAGACGCACUCCACAACCAGUGCUGAACUAAAAAAAUAGAGGCCAAUAAUAUCACCGGCCGGACCUGUGUAAUGAUAUCUGGAUUAUUUUACUCUUAAAAGGUCCUACCAUUGUUUGUGAAUGGGUUCACCGGUGUGCUUGAGGAAGUCCGCUUUUCUGCAGACGUGUUCAGUCUUGCUUCGCAUCACCCAGCACCAUGUCUGGCUCUUACGAUGAAUCCGCUGUUGCUGAUGAGGCCAUGGACAGCUUUUGGGAGGUGGGAAAUUAUAAGCGUGCUGUCAAGAGAAUUGACGACGGCCAUCGACUCUGCAAUGAUCUUAUGAACUGCCUUCAGGAACGGGCCAAGAUCGAGAAGUCCUACAGCCAGCAGCUCACCGAAUGGUCCAAAAGGUGGAGGCAACUGAUUGAGAAAGGUCAGUCAGAGAAAUCUACAGCUUCUUUCUUCAUCCUCUCAAGAUUUUUGAAGCAGCUAUUUUACAUUUCCAGAACUGUUAUGGGAAAAAAGUUUAAAGUGUGGCAUUUCUGGCUACAGAUGGAGACGGCGAAGAAGAACUAUCACAUGGCAUGUAAAGAGGAGAAACUGGCUGCAGCCCGUGAGGCAGAUGCAUCUGCCACUCCUGACCAGCAGAAGAAACUCCACGAGAAGACAGAGAAAUGCAAACAGGACGUGCAGAAGGCGAAGGAGAAGUACGAGAAGUCUCUGGAUGAGUUGUCGAAGUGCACACCGCAGUACAUGGAGUGCAUGGAGCAGGUGUUUGACCAAUGCCAGCAGCACGAGGUCAAACGACUGACCUUCCUCAAAGAGGUUCUCCUGGACAUCAAACGACACCUAAACCUCACCGAGAACCAAAACUAUGCGUCAGUGUACCGUGAGUUUGAACGCACCAUUCUGGCUGCCAACACACAAGAGGAUCUCAAGUGGUUCAGUAAUAAUCACGGUCCUGGCAUGCAUAUGAACUGGCCCCAGUUGGAGGAAUAUAAUCCAGAAGCCACCAAUGCUGUUGCCAAGAGAGAAAAGAAGAAGCCAGAUGGAGUCGCUCCUGCUACUCCGAGCACAGAGCAUGCAGGUCAAGCAGGAGACCGCGGCAGUGUGAGCAGCUAUGAAAAGAACCAGGCGUACUCCACAGAAUGGUCCGAUGACGAGCAGCCCACCGGGUACUCGGGGAACGAGACGAAUGGCGGUGCGAACUCUUUCGAGGACGACGCGGUCAGCAGAGGAGGAGUGCGAGUGCGAGCGCUCUACGACUAUGAAGGGCAAGAGCAGGAUGAGCUAAGCUUCAAAGCAGGGGAUGAAUUAACAAAGAUCGAAGAGGAAGAUGACCAGGGCUGGUGCAGAGGCCGUCUGGACAGCGGCCAGACAGGCUUAUCCCCGGCCAAUUACGUUGAGGAAAUCUGAUCACCUGACUGGAGGACAACACACCUUUGGAGGCAGCUCUGAUUGUCCGAUGUAACGACGUUGCAAAAAUGCCAGAGACUUAACAUGAACGACUUUCCCUGAAGAUGUGCAAUGCAGUCUUGUUUUAAAAAAUCAAAAAAAUCUUAGUAAAGAUAGCCACACUGUAUAUAUAGAUCUUAUCUGGGAGGCGGGGAAGAGCUUGCUCACUACUAAUAUCUAUUUGCAAAUAUUUAAAAAGCAUAUACAUGCAUACAAACAAGCAGAUAUGAAGAAAUAAAUGACCCAUCAGUUAUGCAAGUGCAGGCUACACAUUACUGGUGCAGAUUACAUGUUAUUUGAAAUUAUAUUACAGGCAUUAGCAUAAAAUCCAACUUAACAGAUAUUUACGUGGCCACUCUGCUGUAUUUUAGUACAAAGUUCAUCUAACAGAGUCAAUGUGCAAUUAUGGUGUACUACUCGUCCAGUGUCACGUGUUAAACAGAAUAUGACUCACAACGGGCUAUUGGGCUUUCCUCUUUCUCACCAUCAGUCCAUGCCUCGUUGCGCUGAUUAUUAUUUUAGGUAUCGUUCUCUUGAUGUCUGUGUCUGUAUGCAUAGCAGCAUGUGCUAUGGAGCAUGUAGCCCUUGAUUCCUCAGGCCAUCUGUACCGUAUGCAAUUCCCACAGUGACCACAGAGGGCAGCAGACUCAUGUCAACCUCACACCAGGAAGCGGUGGAAAAUCUCUAUGUUCAGAACAAAAUACUACUUUAACCGUAGUAUUGAUAGUGCAUACUAUUUUUAAAGAUAGUAUGUGAAACAGUAUGCAUGUAUGCAGUAUGCAGUAGACCUUAGUCAGGGUGGUGCCAUAUUUAAUUUUUGACAGGAAUAAAAUCGAAAAUAUGAGGGACUGAAGUGCAGUGUGUUCAGUGGAUUGUACUGCUGUUUAAAGGGUCAUGAAACCCCAGACUACUUUUCUGAGAUUUUAGCAGAGGUGUUUGUGUUGCACAUGAUAGAAGACAAUGUUAGCAUCCGAUCAUUUUAAGUGUUGGAGAAAACUUGUUAAUUUUAAGCUUUUUUGCGCUAUUUUCAUCUUCCGGGUUUAAAAUCUACAUCGUGUUCACGUCACAAUUUGUGACGUGGUAAAGGACUAUAGUACAUCUAUGA